AUGACAACUGACUUCAACAACAAUGUUAUAUUAUGUAACAAUCUAAAUCUUGCUGAACCGCCCUAUCAGAAACAGGUCGCUGUGCCUCACUUGCAAUUGGAGUUGCUAGCAGUUGAUCAUUUAGAACCACCAACCACCAUUGAACGAUCCCUGUCAAAAAUGUGUACGGAGGUUGAAUCCAAUUGGGGACCAAGCAAUAACGUCUGUAGUAAUUCCGAUAAUGAUUUUGUCGACUUUGGUGACGAUCAGGGCGAUCAAUCCAACUACAUUGAAUAUAGCUAUCCCGAAACCUCCGUGCAUGUAAAUCAGAGGUUUUUGAAGUAA